CACAGAGCAACGACACCUCCUCAGAACCGCACUCUCAGGAUGGGCCCGGCUGUCCCGUGAAGGGCUCCAUUGCCCGGGAUUUUGGCCUGGCUGAAUCGCCUCAGGGACUACAGAGCACGUGCUGGAGGCAAUUAAUUAUCGGAAUGUGGCCGUAUCAAAACGGACACUGGGCACCGGCUGCCGGCAGGUUGGGGGCACAAACGGCGAACUAUCCCGGCCUGGGUCCCGGCCUCGAGGCCAUCAGAACUCGCAGUGAUUGCGGGUGGACGCAGCGGCUGGACAGGGAGCGCGAAACUGCUGCGCUCUCCCCAGGAUCUGCGCCCUGCAGCUACAGAGGGGACAUGUUCUCAAGGAGACUCUUGCAGUGACGGAAAGUUGCAGCCCCUGGUAGCGCCUUGGGGGUCUCCCCGCAGUGUCCAACCGCCGCCACCCCUUUCCGACUACGGCACUUCGGAGAUCUCCUCCUUCGCCGGUACCCUCUCUCACUUCGGCCGGAUCGCCUGUGCCCAGAACGUCCCACCCAUGACGAUGCUCCUGGACGGAGGCCCGCAGUUCCCUGGGCUGGGAGUGGGCAGCUUCGGCGCGCCGCGCCACCACGAGAUGCCCAACCGUGAGCCGGCAGGCAUGGGGCUGAAUCCCUUCGGGGACUCAACCCACGCCGCCGCCGCCGCCGCCGCCGCCGCCUUCAAGCUGAGCCCUGCCGCAGCGCACGAUCUAUCUUCAGGCCAGAGCUCGGCUUUCACGCCGCAGGGUUCGGGCUACGCCAACGCCCUGGGCCACCAUCACCACCACCAUCACCAUCAUCACCACGCCAGCCAGGUGCCCAGCUACAGUGGCGCUGCCUCUGCCGCCUUCAACUCAACGCGCGACUUUCUGUUCCGCCAGCGCAGCUCCGGGCUCAGUGAGGCGGCCUCGGGUGGCGGGCAGCACGGGCUCUUCGCCGGCUCGGCGAGCAGCCUGCAUGCUCCAGCCGGCAUCCCCGAGCCCCCUAGCUACUUGCUCUUUCCCGGGCUGCAUGAGCAGGGCGCUGGGCACCCGUCGCCCACAGGGCACGUGGACAACAACCAGGUCCACCUGGGGCUGCGUGGGGAGCUGUUCGGUCGUGCUGACCCAUACCGCCCAGUGGCCAGCCCGCGCACGGACCCCUACGCGGCCGGCGCGCAGUUUCCUAACUACAGCCCCAUGAACAUGAACAUGGGCGUGAACGUGGCAGCCCACCACGGGCCCGGCGCCUUCUUCCGUUAUAUGCGGCAGCCCAUCAAGCAAGAGCUGUCGUGCAAGUGGAUCGACGAGGCUCAGCUGAGCCGGCCCAAGAAGAGCUGCGACCGGACCUUCAGCACCAUGCAUGAGCUGGUGACACAUGUCACCAUGGAGCAUGUGGGGGGCCCGGAGCAGAACAACCACGUCUGCUACUGGGAGGAGUGCCCCCGGGAGGGCAAGUCUUUCAAGGCGAAGUACAAACUGGUCAACCACAUCCGAGUGCACACGGGCGAGAAGCCCUUCCCAUGCCCCUUCCCGGGCUGCGGGAAGAUCUUUGCCCGUUCUGAGAACCUCAAGAUCCACAAGAGGACCCACACAGGUGAGAAACCUUUCAAAUGUGAAUUUGAAGGCUGUGACAGACGCUUUGCCAACAGCAGCGACCGUAAGAAGCACAUGCAUGUGCAUACCUCGGACAAGCCCUAUAUCUGCAAAGUGUGCGACAAGUCCUACACGCACCCGAGCUCCCUGCGCAAACACAUGAAGGUUCAUGAAUCUCAAGGGUCAGAUUCCUCCCCUGCUGCCAGUUCAGGCUAUGAAUCUUCCACUCCACCCGCUAUAGCUUCUGCAAACAGUAAAGAUACCACUAAAACCCCUUCUGCAGUUCAAACUAGCACCAGCCACAACCCUGGACUUCCUCCUAAUUUUAACGAAUGGUACGUCUGAGGACAAACACAAACCCUGUUAACUAUAGAAUGGACCAAAUGCAUUUUUUAAAGAAAACUGAGACCAAUCAGAUGGAAAUGGAGUUUUAAGGCAAGAGGCCAUAUAUAGGGCUACAUCUUGUUAAUUGCAAUUGUCCAGGAAGGUUUUGGGCAAGAUCCAAAAGUAGCCAUGCCCUUUUCUCAGGAUAGAAAAUAUGUUUUGGCAUUUGAAGCAUUUUUUACAAAAUCUUUACACUACUUUUUCUUCCCCUUCCUCUUGCUCUCUGCACACCCCAUUCUUAAACUCCUGCAAUUCAUUUUAACACUUGUCCUGUUUCUUGAGAGGAAGUUAUAGAAGGCUUGUUGGUGGUGGUGAUGUUAAACUGAUGGAAAUUCUUUUUCGCCUUAGUGGUGAUUGUUUAAACUCUCACAGUCUUAAACCGUGCCAAAGUCCUGUUAUGUCUUGAACUUUUCCUCAAAGCAUUACACUUGUGAAUGUAUUUUUGUCUAAUAGGGUCGAAACUGUUGUUCAGUAUUUUUUCAGGCUGAGGAUGUGAUGUUACUCUACACAGAUUGUGACGUUUAGUAUACAGUUGCCUUUUGUAAUAACUUUUUUUUUUUGUAAAUACAUAUCCAUUGAUGCCAUAUUUAUCGUUUGUAAUUUAAUUAUUGCUACAAGUGCCGGGAAGUGAACAAUAUUUAUGGAUAAAUGUUUUCUAACAAAUUCUGUACAGCUUUUGAUUAUAACUGCUUUAGCAUUAAAAAUUUAUUGUUUUGAAAGAAGAACACAAUUUACAAUUUUGGAACCACUGACUCCUUUCUCUUGUUUUGUAACAGCCUUCUUCUACAAAGAGGAGAUGUGAGCAAAUUAAAUCUUGUUUGUUGGUAUUUAUAACUCACUCAGAUCCCUUUUUUAAUUGUUAAAUUAUUUUUCUAUUACAGUAUAAAUUCCUUACAGUGUCAGUUUCCAUCUGGGAAGACUCUCCUUUCUUUAUCUCUAUCUCAGAUGGUUGUUUAACUGCGAGUUUAAAUGUGUUUGUCCUGGAUUUUCGGCAUGCAAAUCAAAUAUUACUGAUCAAUUCAGUUAGUGGCCAUGACAUCUCAAUCUUGUACUUCAAAGACUGAGAAGCUGGAUUUAAUCAUCCCUGCCCUACAUAUAUAAACAUAAGGUAACCUACUGAAUUUUAUGUCCCUUAGUUCUUUAUUACCUUACAUAAAAAUGAAAAUUGCGGCAGGAUGCAUGUCUGUCUGUUCUAUCUAGAGAUCACCCAUAUACCUAUAUAUGUUUGUAUCUAUGACUUAUCUAAUCUGCCUAUCAAUCUAUCUAGUAGCUAUCUAUAUAUUUUCAAAAGAUAGCUUAUGUCUGAAACAGUGGUGAUGAGUAAGGCCAGUUGAGCAUUGCUUACUUAUGGUUAAAGUGCUUCUUAAAAGAACCAUAGUCCAUUUACAAUUUUGGAAGGCAAAGGCUGAUUUGUUUGCUGUAUAUAGUUCAAUUCAUAAUUAUCGCAAUUAUCCAUAACAUUUAUAUAGCGGUGUAAUAACUGCAGCAGUUCUGAAAUGAUGCUAUGGGAAAAAAAUUGCAAAAUAUGUAUUUUUAAAGUUCAUGAUUUGUAGGCAAAGAUGUUAAGAGCAUUGUUUCCAUUAAAAUCAAUAACAAUGAAAAACGGUUGUUUGCUUUGUGAUAAAAUGUUAACAAUCCAUUUAAUCUUCAGUGAAGCAACUCAUUUGGACAAACAGUUCUUUUACAAUGGUUAUAUGGAAAAGAAAUUGAUUGCUAUUUUGGGGGGCUGGAGUGGGUAGAGUAUUGAGACCUUUUUUAUUAGGGUGCUGUUUGUUAUUGAGAGCCCAGUCUCUGCAUGAAUAACAGAAAGGUGGACAUAAGGAAUUGUAAAGUAUUUAGAAAUGUAUUGAAUAGGCUUAAGUACCUCCUUUAAGGGGCAAUGCUCUAGGUUUUUGGUGGCAGUCAAUUUGGUAUUAUAUAUGAUCAUUUUCAAUUCUAGAAUUUUGUUUAUUGUUCUUUUUGAAGAAAUAAAGUCUUGGCACAUCUUAUUUAUGUUAUAACAUUUUUGUAUUUGGUGCCUGAUUUUUUUUCAUGUUCAAAUAAAUCAAUCUAAAAUUGAAAUGCUUACAGAACUUCUGAUGAUUAAAAGAAACUUUGAUUCUGUGAAUGCAGUUGAAGCAAUCUAUUUAUCUACUGAUCUUUGUCAACAGACAAUUAUUGACAGUUUCUAACUGCAAAUUGCUUUGGAGGCUAUUUUUUGUUAGUGGAGAAUAAUGGGGUCUUUUGCAUUUUCUUCCACCAAUAUCCAAGCCUGAAUGCCAUGAACAGAGAUUGGGAUGACUACACAUGUGAUGAACAGGUAACCCGGUCAGUCUAUCACUCCCAACCCAGACAUUCCGAUCUUGACCUUGACAUUGAGGGUGCUGGACCAGAUUCCUAUUUCAGGCUUUUUCCUUCACCUCAAACCAGAGACCUUUUUAAAUGCUCAGCAAGUUCUCAGAAAGUAUAUAUUCAUAAGACUGGCUCUAAGUGUGUUCCAUUGUGAAAUCUAAAUAGUGUAUUUUUCUUCUGAACUGUACAAUGAACUUCUAUAAUUUACCACUUUCUCCAUGAGUUCCCUCCCCCACCCUCAAUCUAACCUAACUUUACAUGGAAGUAGAGCCAUGGGUUGGGUACAGGAUUCAACCAAAAACCUGCCUCCCUUUCAAUUAAAUGUAUUAAAUAUCUCCUCAGGAGACAAAGGAGCAGUUUGAUCUUUUCUUAGUUACCUGAAAUUAUUCUACCAUAAAAUUUUACAGGAAAGUACUUGAGGGUCCUAAGAGGGGAAGAUAUCAAUUAAAUGAAAAACAGUUAUGAUAACCAGUAUUAGGAGAAUAUAAAAGUUUUGCCCCUGUACAUGAUUACCUCUAAUUUGGGUGUAGCAUCGUAUUUCUCAAAAUCAUGUCCUCCACCCUUGUCAUUUGUGGUAAAGAUAACUCCUUAUUUUGAUAGAAAGCUUUUCACAGAUUUCCCCACUAUAAUCUGGUUCUGGGAGUGCACAUUUACAUUCUUGAAUAUUCAGUAAACAACCUUAGAGAGUAAGUACCCCCCCCCCCAAAAAAAAUCAUAAAUGCUCAAGCCCGAGGCAUGGGCCAGGCUCUUAGUAAUCAACUUGUUACUUUCCCUCUUGCACCUUGUAAGAUCUUUGUUCAAAGUCCCUUUUUCAAAAUGAGUGAUUUUGCAUAAGAUUCCCACUGUUAGGCAAAAGGGAGGUGGCUAUUUCCACACAAGACAGAAGUUUGGCCUUCAUCCAGCUUUGGAAGGUUAAAGAUCAGGACAGGGUCCACGCUAAGCAGGCCGGUCGAUCUAAAUUACUAAAGUUGGACAUGAGUGAGCAAAGACCUCCGCUCACAAAGCAUCCCAGGAAAGUUGGAGUGUUCAGGACUUCCUCGCUCCUCCCCCUUCUCCCUUCUCCCCGCCUGAUGUCUCUGCCUCUUCGCCCUGGCUCUCUCCCCCUUCUUAAAAAAACUCCCUAAAACAGAGGAGCAAAGUCGAAGGGCCUCUUAACAUGUUAAGUUUGUGGAAGAAUCGCCAGCAGCGUGCCCAUCGCCUGAAGAGAGAGGUUAUCCUGGCACCUAGACUGGUUUCCUCUCACAGGUUUCUGUCCCUCGAGUCCCAAGCCUCCAGUGGAUCCUUGGCCGGGGCCGGGGCGGAGGCGGCGAGGCCAGGCGUUUCGGAAGUCGGGGCUCCAGCUCAGCUGUCCUCGGGCCCCUCGUCGGGGCUCCCAGGGUCCCUGUCCACACACCAAGUUCUUGCAAGUCUCUGUCGAGGCUCGGGCGGGGGGGAAGGGACCUCAUUUCCUAGGGUCAAUUCUCUCGCGGUCUCUGCCCGCUGACCCUUUGACCUCCACCUACAGGGCCCUUGGCGGCCGUAAGCCGGCGGUCGCCCGGGCUCCGAGGACGCUUCGCGCCCCAUCGCCUCCCGGCCUCAUUAGGCCGGCGGGGCUGUAAAGCAGGAAUCAGCCUCUGCCUAAUCCGGACCUGGGGUCAAUACGGGCCCAAACAAUGGUGAGCUCCGAAGGCCACUGCGUAGCGCUGGCCGCAAACUUUGUGUUCAAUUCAAUUUUCUAAAGCGGUGGGGGUUGGGGGCAGGGAGGUAUUCGUCCACCCGAAGGCCGCUUGCGGCUCCCGUGGCUCAUCAGCGAACGUCCUCUCUCGCUCGGCCCCUCCAGCCUUUUCGCAGCGCCUGGGAUAGAGGGGGCGGCGAGGCCCGGGGACUGGUUGUCGGCCCGCGGGGGUGCCCAGGGGCCGGCGCAAAAGGGGCUGCCCCCGUGCCGGGAACAGACUUUGAAGUGGGUUUUUAGCGCGCACGUGUGAGAGCCGGGCCAGGGCCGGAGCGGGGACCCGCUGGGAGGAAAGAGGUGGCUCCGGCCGGGACCCCAACCCCUCCCCCGCUUCCCCGUGGCUCCGGCCUUUUCAAGCCGCGGCCGGGGGCCCGUAGGCCUCCCACACCCACCCCCACUCCCGCGCCCUCCCCGCUCCGCGCGCAGGCGCACACCUCGCAGCCGUCGAGUCGGAUUUUGCAGCGAGGGGGUUGGGGAUAGAGUUGAAAGCGGCUUUGCAGUGCCGCGGCCUCGGUUGAGCUAGGAGGGAGGGGAGGAGAGGAGAGGGAUGUGGGAAGGGGGGCUGGUUUUGGGGCGGCUCUCGAGUCGUGAACAUGGCGGCCGGAUGCGAACCCCCGCGGAGCGCAGCAAAGCGCAGCAAAGGCUGCAGAACUGUUGUGUAGUUUAAACUCCCUUGUUAUUCCUCAGCUCUGGGCGCCUCGCGGGAGAAUGUAGGUCGUGGCGGUUGAGCGCAAAAUUGUUAAAAAAAAAAAACAGAAGCGAAGAAGUUCUUCCUGGGCAUUCUCCUGGGAAGUUGGCGUGUGCUUUUUGGGUUUGGGGUUCCCAUGGGACUUGGACAAAAAACCCGCCAGAGGCCUCUCCACCCACCUGGCCCGACUUAAAACGCCCCCUCCCGGAGCUGCAUUGGGUAGGGGAUGCCAUUUCGAGUUAUCAGGCCCCGGUCGGGAUUCCACAGAACCUUUGAGUCCCUAAAAAUGCCCCAAGAGUGGACAGUAUGUUCAUAGUGGCGAAGUCUAUGAACACGUAGGCACCAUUUUCCAAGAAAAUGCCCCGGCUGUUAGACAAGUGUGCCAUUGCGAGUUCGACCCCUACACGUUGCUCAGGCUCCGUUUUCUGUAUAUCUCAUUUAAACGUGAGCCUAUGAAAAUUGGCACUGUAGCUUUGGUGUGUGCCCUAACAGCUGGUGAUCUUAUGUUAAGGGGAAAAAAGGCCAGAAUUCUGAAAACUUUAAUUCAGCUUUUGCUUAACUGCCUUAAUGCUGGCGUUGAGAGAACCCCUGGUAGCUCUGGGAUCUCUAGCUCGUGUUUUCUCCGUAGAAAAAUGCUUCGGAUUCACCUUCAGAUGUGUCUUUUGUGAGGAAAAAAAAAUGUAAGAUUUUAAAAAGUGUAGUAAUUGAAUUUCAGCUCCUCUAGGAAAAUAAGCGGCACGAACUCUUCCAGGUUGGGUCUUCGUGGAGACCAACGGCCAAACGGAAAAGUCAGCCCUCUUGGGGUUGUCCAGUGUCACGCAUUUGGGCUCCUGAAGGUGUGGGGCAGUUCCCGUGGGCCACCUUGGGAAGGGCCCCAGGUGGGUGGGCAGGUCAUUAGCAAGCCUGGCCCAGAUCUAGGGGGAAAUCUGCAAAACAGUGCCUUUAUCUGCAGAGAACAAUUGAUGGGGUUGUCUUUCCUCCUUUUCAGUGCACAAAGAAGACGGCUUUGGAGCAAGAAUUUGGAAUAUGCAUUUAAGUUGUCGUGCUUUGCAUUGGAAACCCAUGGGCAAUUAAAAUAAGCAUGCCCUGUAGUAUUUUCUGUCCUUUUCUUAUGUGUGAUUCCUGCAAGUCAAAGGAGGCCGGAGCCUCUUCAGUAGUUUGGAAACUUGUUUUGAAAUUGCCACCAAGCCGAUUUUUUUUUUUUUUUUUUUCUGUGGGUGAGGUUUCCUUCCCCGGUUCACUCACUCCCGCAUUCCCCACCCCCUCGCUGGAAUAGAGUAUUGACAUCUUUGAGAGAUCAAAGGAAGUAAAUGGUGCUUGCUGUAUACUCUAUUUUUCCAUUCUGUAGUGUGAACCCUGAGGUUUGAGCUUUUCUCUGGUUAAAUCUCUUGGUAUCAAAAGCGUGGAAAAUAAAAAGUUCAUUAAGUUAAAAAAGCUUUAGCCAAUGGUUAGACAGGGGUUUGUCCCUUUAAGAGCUACAGAGCCCAGAUCGUCUCUUAAAUUGACUUUAAAGUCGAGCUAAGAUGCAUUGGUGGACUGUUUCCCCUGGAUACCUGCGGUGUUCUUUGGGUCAUUUGAUAUGGUAAAACUGGUUGAUUUUCAUAGGAGUUAUGUGAAUGGAAUUUCUGCAAAACUGGGCAAGUGAUAAAUUGGUAGAGCUCUUGUAUUUGUUUGGAUGACGACUCCAAAGGGCACUGCUUUUUUACCGAGGUUUGGUUCUGUCAUAACCAUUGAAAUUUACAGCUUGGAAAACACUAAGUUUGCUGGAAGCAUUAAAACCAGGGAAUGUUCAGAGCACUUGGACUAAUGGUAACUUUUAACAGAGGAACAUAAAUCCUUUGAACAUUAGAGAAACUUGUUUCAAAAAAUCUGUUGAAACGGAAGAAAAUCUCUUUCAUUAACAUUUAACAAACCAAGCAGUUUUGUAUAUUUUUAAUCUGAUGACAGUUCAACCUAUUUACACAUCUGAUGAAUGGAGAGAAAUGUAAGCUUUAUAGUAACUAUAACAAUAGCUUUCACCAGAUGGCAAAUUUAUAAUAUUUGAUCUCUAAUAGGGUGUGUGUCUUGUGUCAUGUGUUUUAUUAAAAUACAACCUGCGUCAAGACCAUUUGAAUUUGAGGUGUUAAAAAUAAAACAUUCCAUCGUGUUUUAUUAUAAACCAGAGUUUAAAACAACAUAUUCAUGUAACAUUUUAUGACAUUUUUUUCUAAGAGGAAAUGUGGCCUGUUUUGACCUAUCUGCAGUU